AUGGUUCGACUCUCAGACGACUUGUUCAUCAUCCUCGUCAUUAUUCUAGUGCAAUUCUCUGAUCAAGUACUAAAUAAUAAUAAUCGAAAACUUGAAUGGAUUCUUGGCAAAUGGCGAUCCGAAUUUUCCGGGAAAAUUUUUUGGCCAACAGUUCCAACGAUGACAUUUGGCGAAGAAUUACUUAUUGGUGAAGCCCCUAUAGCCAAAUCAGCUAAUACGCAAUUCCUCAAUUUCUCAGCAAGGGCAUGGUCUCACUCAACAAAGGAUCAUUUUCAUGAUGAAUGGGGAUUUAUGACUGUCGAUGGUAACGGUAAUGUUACGCUGAUGACUGCAGGAAACAACGGCUUUACUACGUAUGAAGUUGGAACGGUGGUGCCCAAUAAACUCGUUCUCACACUCAAAGAUAUCGGACGAAUUUCAUUUUCACGCGACUUGCCCGUGAGAGAUUUACGUCGCACGUUUAUCCGUCACGAUGACCGGUACAUGGAACAAGUCCUAGAGAUGCGGACAGCAACGCAUCCAAAAACCGGCUUUCUGGAACAUACCAGAGUGAUCUAUACGAGGAUGAAGGAUUGA